AUGGUCGAUCUUCCUUAUGCCCUUGAUGCGGAAACGCCCCUCAAGGCAUCCGAGCUACAGGUCCUUCGCGCCCAGUAUGAAAAGGAAGGCGAGAUGGUCGGCGUGCAGACCAAGUUCAACUACGCAUGGGGUCUUGUGAAAUCCGACUCCCGCAACGACCAACAACUAGGCGUACGCCUGCUCUCCGAAAUCUUCCGCGUCUCCCCCGAGCGACGCCGCGAGUGCCUCUACUACCUCGCCCUCGGCAACUACAAGCUGGGCAACUAUGGCGAGGCCCGCCGCUACAACGAUCUCCUCCUCGAGAAGGAGCCCGCAAACCUGCAGGCAUCGAACCUGCGCCAACUCGUCGACGACAAGGUCGCCAAGGAGGGUCUUAUGGGCGUCGCCAUCAUCAGCGGUGUGGCCGUCGCCGCUGGCGUCGUCGGUGCGUUCUUGGUGAGGAAUGUCAAGAGGAGAUGA